AUGCCUUCCGCCACAGGCACGAAGCGCGUGAGGGGUGUCUCUAUCUUCAGGCCCUUUGUAUUCGGCAGCGAAGCUCAACCCUUCGACCCAGCCAAGAAACCCCCCAACGCCCCCACCGACCACACGCAUCAGUGGCGCGUCUACGUGAAAGGCGUCAACGAUGAAGACAUCUCCUACUGGCUAAAGAAGGUUCAAUUCAAGCUGCACGAGACAUACGCCCAGAACAUCCGUACCAUCGAACAGCCCCCGUUCGAGGUAACGGAAACAGGAUGGGGUGAAUUCGAGAUCCAGAUCAAACUCUACUUCGUACCGGAGUCGAUGGAGAAACCUCAGACUCUCUGGCACAGUCUCAAAUUGCACCCGUACGGGCCAGAUGCGGAAGCCAUGAAGGAGCGACGAGACCAAGUUAUCAGCCAGAACUAUGAGGAGAUUGUCUUCAACGAACCUGUGGAGCAAUUCCAUGAGCUGCUUACGGGGGGUGCUCCGUCGGCGCAACCGCAGAAAGGAAAGGGGGGGAAGAACACUAAGCAAAGCGGUCAGCGCAAUGUCAGGACGGCGGAGAUCCCUCCGAAUGACUCUCCGGGGAACCCUUAUAGUAAAGCAACCGAGAACAAGGAAUUAGAUCGCUUGGGGGAGGCUAGCAGGACGGUGGAUCAGAUGAUUAGGGAGGAGAAGGAGCGACUUAUUGAGCGUGAGAAGAGGCUAACUGAACUGCGCGAGAGUGAAGGAGUGCCCGCCAACACGAAGAAGCGUUAA